ACAAUCGGUGAAUUUAUGCUUAUUUUGGCAGCCGUGUUUCUGUUUGUGUAUUAUUUUCUCCGAUUCUGGUUUUUUAAAACUUUUUAGCUUAGUUUUUUUGAGGUCACCGCGAAUUUGUCAGCUUUCGCUGUUUUUAUAGGUGAAAAUAUGACGAAUUUGGACUUAGUGCAUCAAAUGAGUCGUGCGCAGGAACCUCAUAGAAGUUUCCUCCCAUUCGGAAAUCCAUUUCGCAUGAUGUUACCAAAGGGAUCCUCACUGUCACCAAAGAUGCUCGAUUUGUUAAAUACUUUUGAGGAAAACAUGGCCGAGAGGCUUAGAAAGAUUAAGCCUCCAGGCAAGGAAGAUAUUCUGUGCUUGACAUGGAUGAGGAGUGCCAUGGAGCUACUGUGUGAAAUACACGCCGAUAUAAAAGUUCUCAUUACGUCUCUCGAACUCCCUGUAUGCGACUGGGAGGACAAGUGGAUUGAUGUAUACUUGGACAAUAGUGUCAAGUUGCUGGACAUCUGCAUCGCCUUCAGCUCCGAGAUCUCCCGACUGAAACAGGGCCACCUUUUCCUCCGAUGCCUCCUGCACGAUUUGGAGAGUGCAUCCCCAAAGAAGUUUAUUCAGGCACGUUCCUCCCUGGAUGGAUGGAAGCAGCAUGUGGCUUCGAAGAAUCCCAGACUCGACAACAUCUUCUCCGUCAUGGAUAGCCUCGCUCAAACACUAGACCUCCCAAAGAUCAAGAACUCUUCAAAGGGAAAAGUCUUGAUGCGAGCCAUGUAUGGGGUUAAGGUCGUCACUCUCUUCAUUUGCAGUGUGUUUGCUGCUGCAUUCUCCGGUUCUGCAAAAAAGCUGAUGGACCUACCGGUUCCUGAGACCUGCUUGUGGGCGCAGGCCUUCUCGGAUCUCCAGACUUGUGUGAACAGUGAAAUCAGAAACACGGACCCGGACAAGGUCCACGUUUUCUUGAAAGAGGUGGAAUCUGUCGAUAGUGGCGUGAGGAAGGUAUACCCCAUAGUGCAAGAUGGCGUGGAGAACCCUGUUGAAGCUCAAGUGUUGCAGAAGUCGAAGUCGGAUUUGGAGAAAGCAGCUGGAGAACUCUGUCAAGGACUCGAGCUCGUUGCAAAGGAGGUCGAUGGUUUCUUCCAGGUAGUUUUAACCGGACGCGAUGCAUUGCUUAGCAAUCUUAGGCUUGUUGGUAAUGUUUUCGAGCAAGGUGAAACUAGCCUCAAUGUACAAGGCCCACCAGUUAGGUGAAGGAAAAGAAUAUCUAUAUAUAAGCUCUUGUAUACGGAAGAUAAAUGCAAAUGUAGUUUUUCAAAUUACGAGUAUAUAUUGUAUGCUUAAUGUC